ACUCCCUGACGCUAGAGGGCAGCUUAAUGUCAUUUCUGGAAAAAAAAUCAUAGUUUCCGGUUUUAGCCAUAGACUGUAUAUUUACUGUCUGUUUUUAGCCCUAAGAAAUCCUUGACAGUAUUUAAGAACUCAUUGCGUUCUCCAAUACUGCCAGUAUUAUUAAUUUUUCGCGUUUAUGUCAGAAAAAAAGCCACAAUUUUUGUUGUAACCGUGAUUUAAACGGAAGUUUAGACUAUGGAAGUCUUCAAGAAUUACACAGCUGAUGUUCGUCAGCUGCGUGUCUUUAAGGAGGAAACGAAGGAGGAGAGAUCCUUCCUGGAUCAGGAGCAGCCAGAGCCUCCACAGAGGAAAAAGGAGGAGCAGCUGUUACUAAAGCAGGAGAUCAAAUCUGAAUAUGGUGAACUAUUUGAAAACCAGUUUGAAGAUGUCCCACAGAUGCAUGUUUGCAAGGAGGAAAAGGAGAAGAGAACCUUUCUGGAUCAGGAGCAGGUAGAGCCCCAACAGAUGAAAAAGGAGGAGGAGGAGGAACUCUGCUGCAGUCAGCAGGAAGAACAGCUGUUUCUGAAGCAGGAGAUCAAAUCUGAAUGUGAUGAAAUAGUUGCAAUCCAGUUUGAUGAUCUCUCAGAGAACAACAUUUGUAAGGAGGAGACUGAUGAUGAGCAGCUUCUGUGGACGCAGGAGAGGAGCUUCAGUCUGGAUGAAGAGGAACCUGACCCUCCACAGAUCAAAGAGGAGUGGGAAGAGGUCUGCAUUGGAGAGGAAGAAGAGCAAUUUGAACUGAAGCAGGGGCCUGAUGAUGUUAUGUUCACUGAGUGUGAUCAGGAAAAUGUGAACUCUGAACCAGAACCAAGAGAGAGUCCAUUUCUCGAAGAAAACACUCAAAACAGAAACAAUGAUGCUGUGACUGUCCAGCUGGGCCCUCCUUUAGAUGAGAGUUCUCUUAGGUGUGAAACAUGUGGAAAGGUUUUUACUCGACGUCGUAAUUUGAAUGUUCACAUGAAAAUCCACACAGGUGAGAGGCCUUUUCAAUGUGAAAUUUGUGAAAAAGGUUUCAUUCGAAGAUGUCAAUUACAAGUCCAUAUGAGAAGUCACACAGGUGAGAGGCCCUUUACCUGCGAAAUAUGUGAAAAAGGUUUUACUCAAAGUGGCCAACUACAAGUCCACUUGAGAACCCACACAGGUGAGAAGCCUUUUACUUGUGAAAUAUGUCACAAAUGUUUUACUAAAAGUUUUCACUUAAAAGUCCACAUGAGGACUCAUACAGGAGAGAGGCCUUAUACUUGUGAAAUAUGUGGAAAAAGUUAUGCUCAAAGUAGUUAUUUAACCGUCCACAUGAAAACUCACGCAAGUGACAGAUGUCAUCCUUGUAAAAUAUGUGGAAAAAGUUACACCCAAAGUAGCUAUUUAACAGUCCACAUAAAAAAGGCACAUACGUGAGAGGCCUUGUAUUUGUAAAGUAUGAAAAAAAGGUUUAAAGUAUUGUCUUAAAACCUCACAUAAGAACUCA